AUGUCGAACAUGAGGGUGGCGGUGGUGGGUGGCGGCACUAGCGGGCUGAUUUCCGGUUACAUUCUGGCGAAAGAAGGGGUGAAAGUGGUGUUGUACGAGAAGGAAACUCGCUUAGGCGGCGGCCAUGCUAAUACUGUUACUGCUACUGAUGGUACUGAGUUGGAUAUUGGAUUAAUCGGCUUUUGUAAUGUUACAAAUCCUAACACGACUGAGUUGUUAGAGAGUCUCGGAAUCGAAAUGGGGCCCACCGACACGUCAUUCUCCGUGAGCUUGUCCGGCGGGCAAGGAUGCGAGUGGGGGAAUCGGAACGGGUUUUCGAGUUUGUUUGCACAAAAGAAGAAUCUAUUGAAUCCGUAUUUUUGGAAAAUGGUUAGAGAAAUCACUAAGUUCAACGAUGAUGCAAUAAAAACGAUAAAUUCAAGAAUUUUUUCGAUUGUGUUUCGUAGGUAUAUUGCAGAGCUAGAAAACAAUCAAGACGUCGAUAGAAACGAGACGCUCGAUCACUUUGUUCAAUCACGGGGCUACUCCGAGUUAUUCCAGAAAGCUUUUCUUAUUCCGACUUGUGCUUCGAUAUGGUCAUGCUCGUCAAGCUUAAAGAGCCUCUCCGCUUAUUCCGCACUUUUGUUUUUGUGUAAUCACCACGCUUUGCAGCUCUUUGGUCCCACUCAACGGGUAACUCCGAAACUCCGUUCGCAAAAUUACGCAGAUAUAGUGAAGAAAGAGCUGGAACUUAGAGGUUGCUUAAUAAAAACCAAUUCUGAAGUGUAUUCAGUUUUGACAAAUGACGAGGGUUGUGUUGUUAUAACUUGUAAGGAUGGCUCGGAAGAAGUAUACGACGGGUGCAUAAUUGCUACAAAUACUCGUAAUGCGCUGAAAAUAUUAGGCAAUAAAGCGACGCACGACGAAUCAAGAAUACUCGGCGCAUUUCAAUACGCAGACAGCGACGUUUUCCUUCAUCGUGACGAAAAUUUAAUGCCGAAGAAUCCAACAGCUUGGAGCUCGUCGAAUUUUCUAGGAACUAUCGAAAAUAAAGUGUAUAUAACUUAUUGGCUCAAUGCAGUUCAGAAUAUUAGCGAGACGGGACUUCCGUAUUUAUUAACUGUUAAUCCACCCCAUAAACCCGAAAAUACUUUGCGAAAGUGGUCAACUAGUCAACCGAUCCCAUCACUUGCUGCAUCGAAAGCUUUAGCCGAGCUUAAUCUCAUCCAAGGAAAGAGACGAAUAUGGUUUUGUGGAGCUUAUCAAGACUAUUUCUUCCAUGAGGAUGGACUUCAGGCAGGUUUACUUGCUGCAAACAGUUUGCUCGGAAAAAAAGUAUUUACUUUACGAAAAAAUCCGAAACAAAUGAUACCAUCGUGGACCGAAGCAGGGGCACGGAUCUUUGUGAUUCGGUUUCUUCGACGAUUCAUCGUUGCAGGCUGCUUAAUUUUAGCGGAAGACGGAGGUACGGUAUUCACGUUUGAAGGCUCUAGAAAGACGAGCGAUUUAAAAAUCUCGUUGAGAGUACACAAUCCCCAGUUUUAUUGGAAGCUUGCAAUAGAAGGUGACUUAGGACUCGCCGAUGCGUACAUCGAUGGUGAUUUCUCGUUCGUGGAUAAGGACAAAGGUCUUGUCAACCUUAUUAUGUUAUUUAUAGGCAAUAUUGAGUUGAAUGAUUCGGCGUCGAAGUUGAACAAGAAAAGGGGAUGGUGGACGCCGUUGGUUUUCACUUCUAUAAUAGCAUCCGGCAGGAAUUUCUGUAAGCUUCUUUCGGAGAAGAAUACGCUAACUCAAGCGCGUCGAAACAUUUCGAAGCACUACGAUCUUAGCAACGAACUCUUUUCUCUGUUUCUGGAUGAUACAAUGACCUACUCGUGUGCACUAUUCCAGGAUUCGGGUGAAGAGUUGUUGAGUGGACAAAUCAGGAAACUCGAUUCUUUGAUAAAAAAGGCGAAAGUCGAUAAGAAGCAUCACAUUCUAGAAAUCGGAUGCGGUUGGGGAAGUUUUGCAAUUGAAGUAGUGAAAAGGACCGGAUGCAAAUAUACAGGAAUCACACUCUCGAUCGAACAAUUGCAGUAUGCCGAAAUUAAAGUUAAGGAAGCUGGUUUGCAGGAUCGAAUUAAAUUUCUUCUUUGCGACUAUCGCCAAUUGCCCGACGGAUGCAAAUACGACCGGAUAAUAUCAUGUGAGAUGUUGGAAGCUGUGGGGCACGAUUACAUGGAAGAAUUUUUCAUGUGCUGUGAAUCUGCAUUAGCAGAAAUGGACUUUUCGUUCUUCAAGUGA